AUGGCAACUAUCAUCGACGCUGUCCAGAGCUUUCUGGGUCUGCAUGGCCUGCUCAUGCCUGCUACUGUCAGCAGUCCUGAAAUGGACGACAUCACCGAGGACUUCACUGCGGAACAAGAGACUAUGCUCGCUGAACCACGCAAGAGCAACACGAACAUCACGUCCACUACUUCAGAGUCGUGUCACGCAGUUGGCACCAGCUCGAUCGAUACGACAUUGCAGUCCACGCUGAUGGAGGCCUCAAAGGGUGUCACGGAGGGCACCAAUGCCAAAUAUAAGAGGUGUGACUCAAUCAACCUCGACGGCACACCCAAGCCAUCUCAUGUCGAGCGGGGCACCUAUGGGCAUGCACAGAAGAUGCGGGCGUCCAUGACAUACGCAUUUGGGAGGCUUAGUGGUCUAGGCAAUCCGACAUGGCACGAGUUGGAUAUUGGAGGUGGGCUGAUGGUUGGAAACCCUUCCAUUUCCAUUGAGGUAUCAUCCUACAUGUGCUCGCUCCGCAGGCGCAAGGUGCAAGCGGGCGAGGUUGCAAACAGUGCCCGGGCUAUUACCCUCGGAAAUAUUGCUAAAACUGUAUCAUUACAACCACCUCCCCAAAAUUGGACCAUUCGUGCCUACCAGCCUGGCGAGCGCGUGCGUGGUGGCUCUGGUACACGAUCUUCACGUGCACGAUACCCAGAUAGUGCUACACCUUCCCUUCUGCAAACUCAUCAAAAUGGCGACAUCAAACCGUUUCACCUCUGGCCCUUUUCAUCGUCCGAGGCACACCUCUGCCCAGUGAGAGCACUUGCUGCCUGGCUGAAGGAGUCGAAAGUCACGUCGGGCUACCUCUUUCGAAAGAUUGCUUCAGGUGACCGAAUCUCAGAGGCCAAUAGUCCCAUGUCCUCUGAGCAGUUCCUGGAGCUUUUUCGGAACAACCUCCUCGAUGUUGACAUCGACCCUACUCCAUAUGGCACACAUUCGUUCCGGAGGGGGGGGGUGCCAGUUCCUGCAUGUCGAGAAGCAGUUGGUCACUGCGGAGAAUCUGCGAGUGGGGAGGGUGGAGUGUGGAAUUUACGAACAUGA